AUGGCAGCGCGGUUGAGAUGUCAUGCUUCCAACGGUUUCCUUCGAAAUCAAAAUGGUUUUGAAGUAUUUUCAAGGAAAGCAUGUAGAUAUUGCCAUAUAAACAACAGAUCGUUACUUAGUAUACAAUACGCAAGUUGUGAACCGAAACCAUUAGUUCGCUUAGAGGGGAAACGAGCAACAUCAACAGUUUUACAUGAACGUAAUAUGUGUUAUGAUAGCCGAGAUGUAGCUCUUCAAACUCCAGAAAAAAUAGAUUAUUACUUUGACACGCAUGCUUUGGUGAAAAUAAUGGAUAAAAAUGGAUUCAGUGAAUCACAGGCAGAAUGUUUGAUAUCCCUACUUGUAAAGAUCAUCAAUAAAACAAUGAAUAUUCAAAAGACAAACUCCGUGACGAAAGCACAGCAGGAAAUUAUGUUGCAGCAAGUAAUGUCUCACAUUGCUUCAGUCAAGAAAGAUAUGGUUAUAUUAGAAAAAAGUGAGUUUUCAGCACUAAGAAAUGAAAAUGAGAAACUUGUUAUUGAAGCUAAGCAAAUCAAGGAAAAUUUGAAGGAUGAAGUUGUGAAAAUGAAGAGCAGUGUCAGUUUAGAUCUGAAUUUAGAGAGAAGCAGGGCAAAAGAUGUGGAAGCUGAACUGCGUAAAAGUACGGAGCUUAUUGACAAAAGAAUAGACACAGAAAUUGCCAAUGUUAAAGCCUUUAUUGAAUCUAAUAAGUAUGAGACAUUGAAAUACAUGGGAGGUACAAUUGUUGCAUCUCUUGGUGUUGUAUUGACCUUUUGGAGAUUGUUCAUGGUGUAA